AUGAAGACACCAAUUAAUUAAGACCUAUUAGACCAAUAUGUUGGAAUGGGAUUUUCCAAAUAAUUGAUCACCAUGGCAUGGGAAGAGAGCAACACUGAAGCUGAUGUCAUCAAUACUCUACUCACUUUGUCAGACAAGAACAAUGCACUAUCCAAUACACCCACAAAACAAGACGAGGAUAUUCAACUCAAUCAAGCAUUGAUAGACUCUUACAAAACCAAUCCUUAAGCAGCCACAACUACUUUUGAAAUUGUAUCGCCUGAAUAAAGAAAGAGAAAUAAUGGUGUCCCAUGUGGUCUUAAGAAUGUGGGAAAUACUUGUUACUUCAAUGGAUUACUCUAAACAUACUUCUUCAAUAGUGAUUUUGUUAAAAUCAUUAUCAAAUUUCAACCACCUGCUUAGAUUGACCAAGGAAAAUAGGGGAAAUCCAUUUAAUUGGUGCUUAAUCUUUAACAAUUAUUCCUUAGCAUGAUAGGAAGUGAUAAAAAAUAUGUAGAUCCUUCUGAUGUGGUCAAGAGUAUUUGUGAUGAUUUUGGGAAUGUUCUUCCCAUUGGCGAUUAAAAGGAUGUUGGAGAAUUCAAUCAUUAUUUUUUGAGCAGAAUUGGAGAAGGCCUGGCUUAAAAUGAACAUUAACCUAGCAAAAUUGAAGAUCAACCUCAUGAAGGAUCUUCAUCUAUUUUGAGAUUGAAAUCAUCCACUAUCCAUGACGAGGAUGUUGUUUCCAAAUUAUUCUUUUGCAAAGUGCAUCAUCACUUGCAAUUCGACCAAGCUGGUGUACCCUAAAGCAGAGACAGCAACGUACUUUAUAAUUUCAUCCCCAUUAAUUUGAAAGAUGCCAAUCUCUAUGAUGGUCUUGAAAAUUUCGUUAUCAAUUCUGUUGAGGAUUUCAAAAAUGAUUUAAGUGAAAUUGUUUGUGCUACCAACUACAACUGGAUUCAAGGUGCUCCUCAGACUUUGUCGUUUUAAAUUCAAAGAGUUGAUUAUUGUAAAGAGAAACAUGAUCUCAUAAAGCAAAAUGAUGAGUUCUAUUUUGAGGAGGAAAUAUAUUUGGAUCGUUUCCUUAAUGAAAACAGUAAGAGAUAUUUGGAAAUUAGAACUCAAAUCAAAGAGUUGAUUGAUAAACAAAAAAAAAUCAAAUAAGAAUAAUAAUCAUUUUCUAAAUUUGAUGAUAAAUACGACCUUUAAGAUAUCCUCUAAACAGUAGUUAAGUUCUUAGAAAUCUAAAACAAUAGCAAUACUGACAAUCCUGCCAAUUUUGGUUACUCUGAUUAGAAACACACUAUAGAAUAACUCUAAAAAUACUCUUAACACGUUCAAAAAAGAAAAGAAGUCUUGUAAUGUUUAUACAAUGACCUUGAAGGGAAGAUCUAGGAGUCUUAUAACAAUUUCAAAAAGUAUAAAUAUCAUUUACAAUCCAUUUUGAUUCAUGAAGGAAUGGCAAAUUCUGGACAUUAUUACACCUACAUCAAAGAUUUCAGAUUAAAUAAAUGGUUUAAGUUUAAUGAUAUUCAUGUAACAGAAGAAACUAGAGAAAAAGUGUUUCAAGAUGCUAUUGGUGUCAAACCAGGAAUCAAUGCUUACUUACUUGUAUAUGUCAAAAGCGAAUUUGUAUAAGAUGAAUUGAAAUAUCCAAAGAGGUUGUAUCAAACUAGCACUGAAAAGGACUAUUUAAAGGAUGGUUAUGGGGAUUUCCUUAAUCCACAAUAGAGGGAUAGCAUUAUCAGAGAAAACCAAUUGUUUUAGAAUGAAGUUGAAGAUUACAAAUAGGCUAGAAUAAUCGAUAGGAUUGUGGAGUCCUAUCAAAGUAGGUUUGAGUUUGUGAACGAACACACUCGUACUCUUACAAAUAAGUAUUAAAGUAUCAAAUUUAAACCUCUAUUUACCUUAAACUUCCCAAUUUACAUAAAAUGCAAGGCCACCUAAUUAUCAAAUCAAAAUACACAACAUGACAACUUAAUAAAAUGGAUAAUCUUAGAUUCUGCUUUGAGGGAAGUACCUGAACACAAAGAAGGAAUUUUCGGUGGAUAAUUAAGUGAGAAUUUUAAGAACAAGAUAUUAAACAAAUUUAAAGCAUAAUUCAAUGAAUUCAAAAGGCCAUCAGAUAGUUUGACUCCGUCUGAGUAGAAUGAUUUGAAUAAAUUUGAAUAGGAAUAUUUGAAUUAUGUGAACUUCGGAGCUUGGGCUACACUAGUGUUAGACUAUUUAUCGAAGGCUGAAUUUAUCAAGGCUCUUUAGGUUUUACAGUGUCUGACUAAGAAAGUGAAGCCUUUGGAGUAGUAGAAUUACUUUUUUAAGUUCACUAAGAAUUUGAAGACUUUGCUACCCAUAAUAAUAAUUGGCAGGAUGAUUCCCAAGGAGUCUGAGGUCAUUCUGAAGGAGUUAUAGUUGUUGCAAGCAUAUUUGGUGCACAAUCACUUUUAGUACGAUGAUCCGAAGUUUUGGUAAGCAGAGAUAUCGAUUAUGUUGAAUGCCAUAAUAGAAAAUCAUGAUGAGUAACAGGGCAUCAAGGAGAUCAUCGUGAAUUUUGAGGCUGGGAAUAAGAUCAAAGAGCAAAUGGAAUUAUUGGAAUUCGUCUCGGAGGAAAUUCAUAAUCAAUAAAUUAUUAUAUCUACUUCUUAUGAGGUCUAUUUUUGGAGUGCCUAUCCGAAACAGGAUAUAAUCUUUGAUAAGUUGAUUGAGGGAAUGAAUACGCUCAAAUAAUUAUUCGAUCCGUAUAUAAAAAUUCAAUUGGCCUUGAUAAAGGAGGUUAAUUAACCCCUUAUGAAAGAAGAAUUAGAAAAAAUGAUAAAAUGAUAUAUUAUAUAUAUUAUGAUCCUUAUU